AUGCGUGAUAAAUUCAAAGAAUGUACAGUAUUGAUAGUUGCACAUUGUUUGCGUACAGUGAUUGAUAGUGAUCGUAUCAUGGUACUUAUUAAUGAAACAUUAAAUGAAUUUGAUUUAUCUCAAGUAUUACUUUCAAAUGAUUACUCUCAUUUUAGUUUACUAGUAAAACAAAUAGAAGCAGCUGAAGCGGAAUAUCUUCGAACAUUAGAAAACUCUACUGAAUCAUAUACAAGACGAAAACGAGAAAUAUGUAACUUAGGUGAUGAGCCGACAUUAAAAACUAAUGAAAUGGAUCCUCUUGUUCCUUCAUUGAAAUCAUUGUAUUUCAAUGAAAUAAAGAAAUAA